GUCACAAUUUAAGAACAGAUGUACCUUAUAGCUCAUGGAAGAGAAGACACAAAUCAAGACAUUUUUGGGUUCCAAGUUGCCAAAAUAUGGUGCAAAAUCUGUAAGAAGUACACUGAAGCCAAUGCCCAAUGGGACAGCUGUUACUCUAUUAGGAACGUCCAAGGGUAGUAACGUCAAAAGUUAUAUAAAAAAUAAUGGCUCUGAUUGUUCAUUGUCUCAUUCCUUUAAUUGGAGAAAAGCAAAUAAAUACCAACUUAGUGCACAAACUGUUGAAGAACCUAACAAUACUCAACAUUCACAUGAUAAACUAAUUGAUCCUGAAAAACAUGCUUCUACUCAAGGAAUGUUGGAUAAAAAUGGGGUAAAGGGAGGUUUAAAAAGCAUUCCUUUGUUCACAUCAAAGUUAACAAGGCCAUCUACUAUGUUUGUAUCGUCUACAGAGGAGGUAAACCAAAAGUCUUUUUCUGGACCAUCUAAUUUGGGUAAAUUCACCAAAGGCACAUUACUAGGAAGGACUUCAUAUUCUUCAGUCAGUGCUCAAAAAUCUCAGUUGAAUGGGUUUUAUGGAAAUCGAUCAGCUGGUAGCAUGCAGAGGCCCAGAGCAAACUCCUGUGCCACUCGAAGUAGUUCUGGAGAAAGCUUAGCACAGUCCCCAGACAAUAUUAAGUCUAUGGCUUGUGAAAGAAUGGUAAGGUCACAGAGUUUUUCACAUUCCAUUCAGAAUUCAUUCCUUCCCCCUUCAUCUAUAACCAGAUCACAUUCCUUCAAUAGAGCUGUUGAUCUUACAAAGCCUUAUCAGAACCAGCAGCUACCCAUUAGAGUGCCUCUUCGGUCAAGUAUGCUAACAAGAAGUUCUCGGCAUUUGGAAGUACUCAAUGGGAAUGAACAUUUGGGGUAUGGAUUUAAUAGGCCUUAUGCUGCUGGUGGAAAGAAAUUGGCUUUAGCAAAUGGUCCAGGUGUAACUUCUACUUUGGGUUAUAGGAUGGUUCACCCUUCUCUACUGAAAUCCAGCCGACCUCCAUUUUCUGGGACUAUCACAAUUGAUGGUAAUAAAAAUUCAUCUCCUGACACAUGUGUAGAGGAAGAGGCUACAGUUUUAGUUAAGGACAAUACUAUCAAUAAGGACCAAGAAGUAGUUGAAAAUGAAAGUUAUAGAAGAGAAAAUGACCAGACCAUGAAACAUGAUACUAAAAUUAGAUACCUGAGUGAUGAUGUGGAUGAUAUUUCCUUGUCUUCUUUGUCAUCUUCUGAUAAGAAUGAUUUAAGUGAAGAUUUCAGUGAUGAUUUUAUUGAUAUAGAAGACUCCAACAGAACUAGAAUAACUCCAGAGGAAAUAUCUCUCAAAGAAGAAAAACAUGAAAAUGGACCUUUGAAGGAUACAUUUGAUUCCCCCAAGGAAAAUGAAAAAGCCUUUUGUAAAACUGACGAAUGGAUAGAUUUAAGUGUUUCUGGUAAAUAUUAACAUCCUUGAAUUUACUUGCUUUCUCCUAGA